AUGAGAGGGCAAGGGUACGACGGUGCUAGUAACAUGUCUGGUGCUUGGAAUGGACUCCAAGCUCUAUUUCUUCGAGAGUGUCCAUAUGCAUAUUAUAUACAUUGCUUUGCUCAUAGGUUGCAAUUAGCAUUAGUUGGAGCUUCUACAAAAGAGAUUUCUGAUACUGGUAAAGGAAUGAAUCAAAUUGGUAAUUUACAUCGUAGUGGAUCAACUCGAUGGAGCUCUCAUUUUGAAUCUAUUUGCAGUUUAAUUGAUAUGUUUGGUGCAACUAUUUCUGUUCUUGAAAGUAUUGUGGAAGAAGGAUCGUCUAGUUCUUUACGUGGAGAAGCAUGUGGUUGUUUGAUAACUUUGAGAUCUUUUGAAUUUGUUUUCACACUUUAUAUGAUGCAAAAAAUUAUGGGAAUUACAAACCUGCUUUGUCAAGAUUUGCAAAACAAAUCUCUUGAUAUUAUAAAUGCCAUGGAUCUAGUACCAACUACUAAAGCACUACUUUUCAAUUUUAGAGAAGAAGGAUUUGAUCAUCUCCUAGAAUACGUGCAAAUGGUUUGCACACAACAUGACAUUGAAAUUCCGGAUCUGAAUGCUUCACACAAAAGUGCAACAAGACGUUCAUGUCAACAAAAAAAUUCGUUGACAAUUCAACAACACUAUCAUUUCAAUAUCUUCAAUAUAGUGAUAGAUUUUCAACAAGAAGAGUUGAAUUCCAGAUUUAGUGAUGAGGCAGUAGAGCUCCUUAAACUUAGUUCUGCUUUGGACCCUAAAGAUAAUUUUAAAUCAUUUAAAGGUGAAGAUAUUUGCAAAUUGGCUGAAAAGUAUUAUCCAGGAGACUUCAAUUAG